UUGAUUGUAUACACCUGUGUCCAUGGAGGGGAUUGGAAUACCUGAAUCACAUGAUUGGGAGGGGAUUGGAACACCUGAAUCACAUGAUUGGGAGGGGAUUGGAACACCUGAAUCACAUGAUUGGGAGGGGAUUGGAACACCUGAAUCACAUGAUUGGGAGGGGAUUGGAACACUUGAAUCACAUGAUUGGAGGGGAUUGGAACACCUGAAUCACAUGAUGGGAGGGGAUUGGAACACCUGAAUCACAUGAUUGGGAGGGGAUUGGAACACCUGAAUCACAUGAUUGGGAGGGGAUUGGAACACCUGAAUCACAUGAUUGGGAGGGGAUUGGAACACCUGAAUCACAUGAUUGGGAGUGCGGGGGACAGUACUUUUGGCAAUAUAAUGUGUAUAUAUA